AGAAGAUCUGGAUUGAAGUAGAUCCUCAAAAUUCUGAUGCGGCAGUCUCCGAGGUCACCCACAUGUGGGAUGAAGCACCUCAGAUGUAGGUCCUGUGUGAGGUUCUGGAAUGGCACACCCACCCAGGCCGGUACCCUGGGUCUGCACUUAUGGACCAAUAGGCAGGUCUAGAUUAGGUAACAGAUGGGAUUUUGGGGGUGUUUUUCCUAGUGCCCAAACGGCAUCAGAAAUACACAGACUGAUGUAUGGAAUGAUUGUUCAAGAAAAGCUGCUUUUCAACAUUUCCGAGUCCAGCCUUGGGACUACGAGACCUUCCUCCGAUGAGAGUGAUUGAGUUCCGUUGUUCUGCCUUGAACUUGCUGCCUUCCCAGCCAGGCAGCCACAGCCCCUCCUGUGCCCAUCUCUUUCCACUCAUUUGAGGAAUUAAGGGUGGGUGCUGGGUUUCAGGGAAGGGGAGUCUGCAAGGAGAAAAAGCAGCAUUCUGGGUGUGGGUGCUGGACUUCUGGAAAAAACAAAAUCCUCCCCAGUCAUCUUUCAAUCUGUCCAAAUGCCUUCCUUUUUCCAAUUUCAGGCCUGUGAACUGAUCACGAAUAGCGGGGCACAGGAAAUUAAUCGGUCGGGCAAAGACUUUUAACAAGUAAAUAUUAUGCAUAGAAAACACGCAAUUAGUGGAGGUUAGUCAACGCCUUUCAAGUCGAGGGAGCUGCAGUUAGGGGUGGAAUUUCUGCCUUAUCCCAGAAUCGUCUGUCAAAAUCUUUAAAGUGACAAUGUGACAUGUCUCCCCAUUGCCCCUCCUUCACUGGGAACAAAAAAGGGUCUUUGCACAAAUCCCCUUUCCAUUUUCUUCUCUCUGAGAUCUUUCUGUUCAGCAGUGGUACCUUUGUCUGUCAGCACCUCUGGAGUGAAGGACCAGGGCUGGGUUUCCCCAGUACAGAGCCUGAGAAUUGGGUCUUGGGCUUGCUCUUGUCAAGGCUGCUGCCCUUUGGGGGAGGCACAGGCCUGCUGUGGGGUGCUCUUCUGGCCUGGACGCCUUGCUCUCCAGGGCAAGAUGUACCCCAUACUCGGGGCUGGAGGAGAGCUGGGAAGGCAGUUCCCUGCACCCCCUGGUUCCUGGUGUGUGCAUGUCCCCACAAUGACACGGCCAACUCACACCCGCUCCAGACGGCCACUGAAAUUGGUUUGGAUCUGAAGAGAUGACUAAAGUGUGCAAAGCAAAAUCCCAGGGAAAAGAGAAACACACAAGGAAGUCAAAAGGGGCCCCUCUGUGGGGUGGUGUCGGGGGGAAGUGUCUUGAUCAGCGUGAUUCUUCCUGGUGCUCGCUGUGGCCCCACCAAUCUGCUGCCGGCACAAUAUUCCCCCCGUAAUGAGAUAAGACUUAGUUAUGCUCUAUUUCCAUUUAAAAUAUCUAUGGCCGACAAAGCAGCCCAAUUUCAUGAAACAAAAAAAACUUAGCAAAUUGAGAUUCAUAUACCAAUUUUGAACUUGUACAGUGACUUGAGAUGCUCCUGGGUCUUCCCAUGCCUGUCUGCAAAGUAUUCUUUUGGGAAUUUUCUUGGAUGUGAGCUUGACCAGCCUGAGGUCAGAACCUGGUCAUUCAUCGUAAAUAGGAGCAGCUGCAGUUAAAAAAAGAAGGAAGGAAGCACGGACAGACAGAAGACAGGAAAGGUGGGAGGAAGGAAAGGAGGGAGGGCGAGAGGGAGAAAUCUCCCUCUGGUUGAUGGUGCUCUGUGUCCAGUUCAGAGCUAGGCAUAACAGGUUCCCUUUCGCCCCCACCUACAUCUGAAGGUGAUGUCUGUCAGGUAGCUUGUCCAUAGCUCAUCUUCGCAUUCUCGCGCCUUUCUUCUGGGGAUCUGAGGCUCAGCGUUGAUGCACAUGAAGCCUUUGGCAUCUCCCAUGCUAAUGUCAUCACUUUCAGGAGAAAAUGAUGCUUCCCUCCAACGUCCCGCGCCUGCCUUCGCUUCUCCCCUCCAGUGCAUUCUUCCGUGUUUUCUGCACAUUCUGCAGCCUGCAAGACUGCAGAACAGAUUGCACUGGCUACCUGAGAAAUGCAGGCCCUUCCCCACACCCUGCCUUUCCCUCUUCACAAGGAAGCGCAGACGCCUUCCCUCUCCCGCAGCUUCGGCCGCCUGGGCUCUGUGCACAGUGCAGUGCAGUGGGGGAAUGAGUUUGUUAUUCAGGCACAUCAGUUAAUUGAUCACACUUUGGAGGUUGAAUCCUCAAUUGCAAAUUCCCACAUGACCACAAAAAAUAUACUUGAACUGAUCGUAAAAAUGGCCAAACCCCAACUGCAGACCGAAGUGUGGAAUGACCAUAGGGCCAACUUGAUUGUGCUCCGGUGACAUCUGCUGAAUAGAUUUCCACGAGAACUGCAGAUCCACGUUGACUUUCUUCGCAAAUUUUAUUUGAAUAUUGAGAGCCAGACCCUCUUGCCUCUCCCCCUCCCUAGCCACCCAAGUCCUGAGCCCCCACUGCCACUGAGCAUGAGCGGGUGGAUCUGUGGGGAGGGGACGCAGGAUGCCGACUUUUCCACAUUCACUUGGUUCCCUUUUGUGUGCGGCAUGCCUGUGUGUGUGUGUGUGUGUGUGUGUGUGUGUGUGAACGGGAUCUGAGCUGCUUCCCCUUGCAACUCCACAGAUACGUGAAUCUCCAAGAGCUUUAUUUUGAAAACUAGGACAUAGCACUUUGCAGAAGAAAAAAUCAGUCCACUCACUAUUAUUUAUGUGAUUGCUGAUCUGCUAGAUGGAUAUAGAAAGCACCAAGAAUUAUAAUAAUUUAUGGAGUGGAGCCCGGGUUUACAAGCAGAUUUCUCUGCCCGAGCUUUGCGGGUUUCUUUUGCAUCUCGGGCCUCGUUCUGUGCACUGGGAUCGGGGAAUAUUCAGAAUUUGAAGAUGAGCCCAGUGAACCAACUGCAUUCAUAUCUAAAAUUAAGGGGAUAAGUGAGCAGCUAUUUGUGGCAGACAGGACAUGAUCCAUCUGUCUGCAGGUCUGGCGGGGGGCCGGGCGGCGGCGGCGGCGGUGGCAGCGGGAGAUGCCCGGGUGGCCCGCGGAGGUCCAUGUGGCGCUCUAGGUGGGAUGCCGGUGUCCUGAAGGCCGAGGCCCUGGCCCUCCUGCCCUGCGGCCUGGGCAUGGCGUUCUCCCAGUCCCACGUGAUGGCCGCGCGGCGGCACCAGCACAGCCGGCUCAUGGUCGAGGUGGACGAGUACAGCUCCAACCCCACGCAGGCCUUCACCUUCUACAACAUCAACCAGGGCCGCUUCCAGCCGCCCCACGUGCAGAUGGUGGACCCGGUGCCUCAUGAUGCCCCCAAGCCACCCGGCUACACGCGCUUUGUCUGCGUCUCUGACACCCACUCGAGGACCGACCCCAUCCAGAUGCCCUACGGUGAUGUGCUGAUCCACGCGGGGGACUUCACGGAGCUGGGGCUCCCGAGCGAGGUGAAGAAAUUCAACGAGUGGCUGGGCAGCCUGCCCUACGAGUACAAGGUGGUGGUGGCCGGCAACCACGAGCUCACCUUCGACCAGGAGUUCAUGGCCGACCUCAUCAAACAGGACUUCUACUACUUCCCGUCUGUGUCCAAGCUGAAGCCCGAGAACUACGAGAACGUGCAGUCGCUGCUGACCAACUGCAUCUACCUGCAGGAUGCCGAGGUCACCGUGCGGGGCUUCCGGAUCUAUGGCUCCCCAUGGCAGCCCUGGUUUUACGGCUGGGGCUUUAACCUCCCACGAGGCCAAGCCCUGCUGGAGAAAUGGAACCUCAUUCCUGAAGGUGUUGACAUCCUGAUCACGCAUGGACCGCCACUGGGCUUCCUGGACUGGGUCCCCAAGAAGAUGCAGCGGGUGGGCUGCGUGGAGCUGCUCAACACCGUGCAGAGGCGCGUCCAGCCGCGGCUGCACGUCUUCGGCCACAUCCAUGAAGGGUACGGUGUCAUGGCGGAUGGGACGACCACCUAUGUGAACGCGUCCGUGUGCACUGUGAACUACCAGCCUGUGAACCCGCCCAUCGUCAUCGACCUCCCCACGCCCCGGAACUCCUGACUGCCCCCGCUGCCCCGCUCCAGCGCCCGCAUCAGCUGCGCACGCCCGGCCGAGCUCGGGUCCCCAGCCACGCGCCCUUGUACCAGAGCAGCCCAGACCAGCCCCCUGGCCGUGGGGACCCGCCCUGCCUGGGGCUGAGGCCUGGAAUAGAGGAAAUCACCUUCACUGUCACCUCCGCCUCCUGCAGCUGGGGCCCAGUGCUGGCCCCCUCCCCUCUGCCCGUUCCUCCCUGUGCGCCUGGCCCAGGGACCAGCAGGGGGACCGGCAGGCUCACUCCCCAUCUUGCUUGGGAAAUGACUGGCUCACCCUCCCGCCCAGCUGGAUGCCCUCCUCCCGGGUCUGGGAAGCCGCUGCUCUUGGAAGGUUCUGGAAGUGCUUGCACAAAGUGUCCCUGUGCCCGGGAGUCCGUGGGGCUGUGGGCCCCGGGGCGGGCCAGGCCAGAGGUCUUGUAAUCUGGGCGCAGACGGCCCUUCUUCUCCUGCCGGGCUGGGCAGAGACCACUGGUGGCCAGGCUCGGGAGUGCUCAGGGACAUCUCAGGAAUUGGGAGCACACCUGGCGAGGCCGCGGUGGCCUUGCUUCUCCCCUUCUCUUCCUGGGGGCUUUUUUUUUUUUCUGGUGACUUGAACUACUGCAGCCCGAGUGUCCCGGGCAUUUGCUCAGAGCUUGGAUUUGGGGUUGGUGGGUGCCCGGAACCUGGUGGAGGGUCCCGUGGGGACCGCGCUGCUCUGCAGAACACAGCAGCAGGAGAGGCUGCCGGCCGGGCCAGGCUGCGGCUCCACCGCCCCAUGGGCACACUCAGGCGCCGUCUGGCUGAAGGCAGCGUCUCACUGCUGUGCCGCAGGCGUUGUGUGCUGCGGGCCAGUCUGCAGCAUCGGGUUCUGUCUGCUGGCCUGCCGCGGGGGAGCCCAGAGCGUUCAGACUCUCCUUGACCAGUUCCAGCCGCCCACUGCGGGGGGGACAGCGCCGUGGGCAGCAGGCCCUGGGCUCCACAGCGUCACUGGGCAGCUGCCUUUCUUUGAUUUGGGACGGGGUGUGUGGGGAUGGCCUGAGUGCUGAGGGAGGGGG